CCCCCACCCCCUGCGCGUUCGCGAAGGCCGGAAGCGAGUCUGGGGCCUAGGGAGCGCGCGUGCGCUGUAGAGAAAGAGAGAGGCUUUGGGGAAGGGGGCGCGGCAUACACAUGGCUCCCAAAGCCCACGGGGUUCGCCAGCCGUUCGGCAGGCAGAACCAGAGGAUGUCCGCCUUCCAGAUCAACCUCAACCCGCUCAAGGAGCCGCUCGGCUUCAUCAAGGUCCUCGAGUGGUUUGCUUCCAUCUUUGCUUUUGCCACCUGUGGUGGGUUUACUGGCAGAACAGAAAUUCUAGCGAACUGUCCUUUUAAAGUUGGUCACAAUAAGACGGUUACAGCUACUUUUGGUUAUCCAUUCAGGUUGAAUCAGGCAUCAUUUCAUACACCUUCAAAGGUCAAUGUGUGUGAGGUGAACUGGGAAAAGCAUGUCCUCAUAGGGGAUUACUCCUCUUCUGCACAGUUCUACGUUACAUUUGCAGUCUUUGUGUUCCUGUACUGUAUUGCUGCCCUUGUGCUCUAUGUUGGUUACAUGAAAUUCUACCGGGAUAGUCGCAAACUGCCCAUGAUUGACUUUAUUGUUACUCUUGUUGCUACUUUUUUGUGGUUGGUGAGUUCCUCGGCCUGGGCUAAAGCUCUUACAGAUAUUAAAAUAGCUACUGGACACAGAAUUAUUGAGGAACUUGAUCCUUGUAAGUCAGUAGUCACAUGUCACUUUGUCUCCGUGACUAGUAUGGGAUCCCUGAAUGUAUCUGUGAUCUUUGGCUUUCUGAAUAUGAUACUUUGGGGAGGAAAUGCUUGGUUUGUGUACAAGGAGACCAGCUUACAUAGUCCAUCAAAUACGUCAGCUUCCCAGAACCAAGGAGGUGUUCCACCCACUUCUGGAAUGUAAUUAAAGGGAGAAAUACACUGUAUGAAAUGUGUGUUGUAUUAUGCCUUGUUGCCAACACCUUGAGAAGCAUUAUUGUUUCUAAUAAAAAGUAAUGGCUUUUUCAGUAAAUUGGUGGGUUUAAAAAUUUGCUGCUUUUCUACAUAAAAUGUGCCUUUUCUAGAAAUUUAAGAUGUAAAUGUAUUUUUACAUGUAAGUUUGAAAAUUCAGGAGCCUGUUAUGAGAUGAUGUUACUUUUAACUGAACAAUAAUUUAACUAAGUUGCUUCUAAAGUGUUUACACCUUAAACUUUAACAUAAACCUUCAUUCAGAAAACAGUUCUGUUGUAUCAUAAUAUAGGAAGAAUGUGUUUGGAAUAUACACUACUGUUAGUUUGUACACAUCAUAUCUUUAAGGCGUGGCUUGUUUAAGAAAACCUUGAUUGCAUAAAUCAUAUUUAGAAAAAAAUUAGUGCAAUUUUAUAUUUGAAUAUUGUUCAUGUUAAAAAAAUUGAAUUGCAAAGACUGGGUAUAUAUUUUGUUUCUGUUUUUCUAAAUGACCUGCUGUACUUAUUAGGUGUACUAAAAUUGUCUUAGAAGCAAGAGUUUGAAAAUUGUAACAAAUGUGUAGAGAUAACUUUGCACUUGUGUUACUGGGUAUAUUCAUUAUUUCUGGUGGUUUCUUAGGCUUGCAAAGAGCAUGGUUCCCAAGAUGGGUUGCUUUUCUCCAGACCCUGUUUAGAGGGUUACUAAAAAUUAAGGUUGCCUUUUACAUUUGAAACAUUUCACAUUAAGUCAAUGACGUUUCUUCUGAGUUUAACAUUGAUAUUGUGAAAAUAAAUGCAGUUCAGAUUUCUUACUUCUUAAGAUUCAUUCUUCACAAAAGGGUGAUUAAGGAAUUAUGCUCAUAAAGGAACCUAAGUAAGCUGUAUUGUGUGUGUACUGCCUUUACACACACACAUUUGUGUAUGUUCAGAAUACAAUGCUUUUUGAUCCUGGCUUUUUUUGUUGUACAGGGAUUCAGACUUCCUAUUCUUACAAGAUGAUGUUUGUAUGUAAAACACAUCUUACAAUAUUGCCUUAUUUUUGUUGCUUUAUUCAUGGAAAAGUGUCAGUUUGAGAAUGUAUGUUUAAUAAGCAAACAAUAAAGAAGUUAAAAUAAA